AUGCCACCAACUGAACGUCAUAAUAAGACAGCGAUGGUCCCAAUUCAUGGCGAUCAUGAGAUGUUGCACAAUAUACAUAAAGCACCUUUUCCGGCAUCAACUGAACCGGAUGAUGUAAUGGUUCCAUUCUUCAUAGACGAUGCGGUAUUUCGCAAUGUAAACGAAUCAAAGAAACCCGUACCAACAGAGAAAACGAAUGGUCCUGGAAUGAAACAUAGGAAUAUGCUUCCUCCAGAUUUUACUCCAUGUGAAUUCGACAUCAUUUGUUCUCGUUCGAAAGACGCAAAGAAUCAUACAGGGAACGAAGUUUUCCAGAAUAUUAUCAAGAAUACGGCACCAAAGUACGCAACUGUAGAGGGAAAGCUUUCGAAAUCAAUAAUCGUGAGUCAGAUAGUCGAUGCCAUUCGCCGACGAAGUUCCACUGGAAGGGGAUUUGUGAAACUGAUCGGAGGACAAUGGUAUGAGCUUGGGGAGUUGGGUUCAAGGGAAAAGGUUAGUCAAUCACUUCGCGACCUCCUUCAUGGCCAAUAUCGAUCAAGUGGUAAAUCAAAAAGAAAAAUGAAGAACGAAAUGAUCUUCAGGAUGAUGUCAGAUUUAGAAGCAUUUGUUGAUUCUAACCAGUUCAUUUCGACUCGCAUCGAGGCAAUGCAAGAAACCGUCCAAAACUUUGGUGAUAGUCUCAGCGAUGACCAACUUUUGUUGAUGAUGACAACGAUGAAUUGUGAACUGUUGAACCAACUCAAGGUGGACCCUGAGGUUCAAAGGCGGUUUGGUCAUAUGCAGAAACAAUCGUCAUCACAACCACCAACAAUGUCAUGCAGCGAUAGAAAAACUAGUUUUUGA